CAAAACGUUGACUACAACUUUAAAUAACUCUUGCUCGGUAUGCUGGGUAUAUAGGCGCAGAAUAAUAAACCUUGUUGUGAGUGAAAGGAGGGAGCACAGGACGCCUGCGCUGAGGCUGGAGCAGCCUGCCUACCAUGUUGUUAUUGUAACUGAUCCCCAUUGUAACCCUGCAAAAAAAAAAGCAGCAUUCAACUCAUCUGAAACAUUCGCCCUUAAUUACAGCAGAAAAAUUUCAUCCAAAUCUCGAUCACAUCACGCGUCACUGUGGCAUCUUUUUCGGGGCGACACAGCUGCAAGUGUUAAGAUCUGUUGGGAACAUGAGCCAAACACCCGAGACGCCAGUUGAGGCUCCUGCUGCAGCGACAGAAGCACCUCCUGUUCAAACUGAAAGCAAGCCGCCAGCAGGGGGGAAAAAACAAAAUAAAAAGAAAGUGGAAGAGGUGGUAGAGGGAGAGGAAGAGGAGUACGUUGUGGAGAAGGUCCUGGAUCGACGCAUCGUGAAGGGGAGAAUAGAGUAUCUCCUCAAGUGGAAAGGCUUUUCAGAUGAAGACAACACAUGGGAGCCUGAAGAAAAUUUAGACUGCCCAGAUCUCAUCGCAGAAUAUCUGCAGUCCCAAAGAAGUGCUAACGAAUCAGGGGGCAAGCGGCGCGCCGACGCAGACGGCGAUGGAAAGGAGAGCCAGCCUAAAAAACGCAAGGAUGAGCCAGAGAAACUCAGAGGCUUUGCUCGUGGGUUGGAUCCCGAGAGGAUCAUUGGUGCUACAGAUUCAAGCGGAGAACUUAUGUUCCUCAUGAAAUGGAAGAACUCUGAUGAGGCAGACCUUGUUCCAGCUAAGGAGGCGAAUGUAAAGUGUCCACAAGUUGUCAUUUCUUUCUAUGAGGAGCGUCUCACCUGGCAUUCUUACCCCACUGAUGAAGAGGAGAAGAAGGAUGCGAAAGACUAGGCAAACCAUUGGGAGCUAUCGGGAAUAUUUACAGUUUUCAUCAUCUGAAGUAAAUGGCAGCAAAAAGGUUUAUAUGAUUUUACAGAAACACCACCGAGAAUCACAGCACCUCAGGCAAUUAAACAGUACAUGUAAUUUACAUAGGCUCUGGUAUAUUUCAGUCUUAUCACUGCUACUGUAGCUAAAUGUAGACUCAGUAGACUACUACUUUUCAUGUUUUGUUUUUUUAAAUUUGAUUAUGGAGAUAGUUUGCAGCUAGGCAGCUUCUUUACCCGCAUCGUGUUCCAGACCCUGUGUAGAUUACAAUACUGGCUACUUCUCACCAGUUCCAAAAGGCUUCCUUUAAUAUAUUCCUUUAUUUCCUGUACAUUGGACUGAUUUAAACAUAUUGCUGCCUUAACUGAGAUUUUAUAUAUAUAUAUAUAUAUAUAUAUAUAUAUAUAUAUAUAUAUAUAUAUAUAUAUAUAUAUAUAAAAGCAUAACAUUUUAUACAUUUUUCAAAAAGCAAGCCAAGUGAAUGAAUCUUGCCCUUGGAGAAGUACAUGUACAGUGGAUUGAGAAUUGACCAAGAAUCCCAUCUUAUAGUACCGAAAAAUCUUUAUUGAAAUUCACUCUUACCAGCAAACACAAAUCUGUUCGGGUUAUUACUGUAGGUGCUACUAUUGAAUAAGUCUCCAUCUUUUGUCAACACUGCACAAAUACACUCCUUAUUAAAUAUUUGGGGACAUCUUGGCUUUCUUUUUAACAACCCUAAAGACACACACCCUAAAGCUGUGCAGGAGAUAGCUGGAGAGAACAUACAAUGCUUAACGAAAUCCUCGGCCCAGUCACCUGGCGUUAAGAGACUUUAACUCAAUUGAGCUUGAGCAAUGGGAGUUGUCCAGUCAGCUUCACAAACCUCUGGAAAGUCCCGCAAGAGCGUCUCAGAGGAACGCAUGCACAAGCGGACGUCUUGCGUGUGCAGAAAACGCGUGCAGCAGAUACAGCUGCUAAGAAUAUGUUUAUAAAAAUGAUUAUGGCUUAAAUGAUAUUUAUGAUGAAUUAUGAGAUAUUGUUCUUGAAACGAACACGGUGUUUAAUUGCAAACUAUUAAUUGAAUUCAUUUUAUUUAAAAAAACAAAACAAACCUAUUUCGAAAAACUAGAUGCCCCCAAACCAUUGACAGUGUAUUUUUGCACAGUGACCUUCAUGACCUUUUCUACUCAUGGUUUAUGACCAUACUGUAAAUCAAGUGUAGUGUCCAUGUUCGAGAGUUCAAGUUAAAUGACCUGAUUAUUUUCUCUGAAAUCAUGAACAGUCUUUUAUUUUUUACACUAAAUCAUUCUUGUCAGUUUAAUAAAAGUAGUAUUGAUGUAAUCAUUCUUGUUUUAAUUCACUGAAGUGAUUUGCAUGUAUGACACAAACUACAACCUGUAGCAUAUGUAAAGGAGUCCCUUUUCCAAUGUCCCAAAGUUAUUUCUGUAGAACAAUCUGGCCGUGACUUUCUCAAUUAAAUGAUCCACUCGAGCAUAAACAUUUGCUCGACAGGGAAUGGAUUGUGUGAAAUCCUAUUUGGCUUUCAAGGCACUAAAAUCCUGUGAUUAUAUUUCUCUCAUAUAGCAUCCACAUGCUGUAUCCCAAACUUAAUCACAAGGCAAAAUAUAACUUUGAAAAAUGGAAAACAAAAACGUUUAUUACCCAACAAAAGAACAAAUUUCAGAUUGCCAGCAAAUCUUUCAAAAUAAACAGGAAGUGAAUCAAAAACAAAACAGAAGUCAGAAGGCCUGGUAAAAUACAGUGGGCCAAAAUAUCUCUCAAUCAAAACAACACAACAUAAACAUAUUUACAAAACAAACAAGACACAAAAUAAU